AUGGUCUUCUAUUCAUGCAGCUUCACUGACUGCACUAAGAAGUUCAAAAAGCCAUCUCUUCUGGAGCUGCAUGAGAACACCCACACAAACACACGGCCCUUUGCAUGCAGCCUCUGUGAUCUCAAGUACUUUAAGAACAGCCACUUGAAAGUGCACACUCUACGGGCACACGGAAGUUCAGAGAAGAGAACGUGCGAUCAGUGCAAAAAGACACUUGCCUCAGAGGAGGGUCUUAGGCGGCACAUGGACGUAUGUGGCCAGGUAUUUGUCUGCGAGAUAUGCAAUACAGAGUUCUCCCGGGCUAAGUGGUUUCUUACUCAUGCAAGGACGUGCACGGCUGUCCAUGAACCCGUGAGAAAGUCCCUAAGGAAUACUAAAGAAAAUAGGAAAGAAAUUAAAGAUCUUUUUAGGUGCACUGUGUGUAAUAAGGGAUUCAAGUUGGAGAAAAACUGUAAAACACACGAACUAUGUGCUCACAGUGAUGCGAAAUAUAAGUGCCCAAAAUGUGACAGAACAUACCGUUACAAUGGAUCUCUUACUCGGCAUAUUCUAAAGGCACACUCGAACACCGAGAUGUAA